AUGUUUGUCAACAAUCGAAUUAAUGUGUAUGUUCGUCGUUACCGUCAUGAUCCAAGACGUUUUGAACGUUCUCAACCACGUACUCAUAAAGGUGGCGGUCUUGGUGUAUGGUCAUGUUUGUCGAAUUAUGGUUUAGGUGAUUUAAUAUUUUAUGAUGGUCGUCUUAAUUCCUCAGAAUACAUUAAUAUACUGGAUACACAUUUAAAAUCAGCAUACAGUCUUUUUCCAAAACGUUAUCGCGAUAAAAAAAUGUUUCAACAAGAUAAUGCAAGACAUCAUGUAUCAAGAAAGACACAAGAAUAUAUAAAAAAACCUCAUAUUACUAUAUUAGAAUGGCAGGCUAGUUCGACCGAUCUCAACUUGAUCGAAAACAUAUGGUCAAUUGUGGACAAGAAAUUGUUAAAAUAUUUACUUAAAAACGUUGACGAUUUAAAAGCAGCUAUGAAUACAAUAUGGAAUGAUAUAUUAAUUGAUACUAUUCAAAAACUUUAUAAAUCAAUAAACAAUCGUUUGAAAGAAGUCAUAAAACGAAAAGGUUUAUCGUGUAAUUCAUAA